AUGGCCGCCAUGGAGCCCAAGGUGGUCUGCGUCCUGCUCGUGGUCUUCUCGCUGGCCCUCAGCACCCUGGCCCAGGGCCAGAUCGAGACAUGCACGAUGGCCCCGACGCAAAGAAUAAACUGCGGCUACCCGGGGGUCACUCCUUCCGAGUGUGCAGAGAAGGGCUGCUGUUUCGACAACAGCGUCAUCGGGCACCCGUGGUGCUUCUAUCCUUUGAACACCCCCCCCGAAGACGUGGUGAAGAAUCAUUCUCGCGAUGCUUAG